UCUUUCUAUUUCUUCUUUCUUCUUUCUUCUUUCUUCUUUCUUUUCUCUCUCUCUCUUUCUCUCGUAGGAUAAGGCACAAAUAGAAGUGAGAGAAGGAAGGAACACCAAUUCCAUUUUUCGUCUUUUCCCUCCUUCGACCGUAAGCCACCCUCAAAAAGAUAAACCACACCAUGGGGAAGGAGGGUGGCGACACCGUUGGGGAGGUACUGCCGCCGCCGUCGCCGUCGUCGAAGUUCCCAUUGAGCGCCUGGGAAACUGCGGUGGCUUCAUCGGUGGUUUUGGGAUUCGCGGCCGGUAUAUGCGGCGUAUACCUAACGAUGCCGGAUUCCGAUUACAGCUUCCUUAAGCUCCCUCGCACCCUUGAAGAUCUUCAACUCCUUAGAGAUAACCUUGAGAACUAUACAAGUGACUACACUGCACAAGUCCUGGUGGGAUACUGCGUGGUAUAUAUUUUCAUGCAGACUUUCAUGAUUCCAGGGACUGUGUUCAUGUCGUUGCUUGCUGGAGCUCUUUUUGGAGUCUUAAAAGGCGUAGCUCUGGUUGUGUUCACUGCCACAGCAGGAGCUUCUUCAUGCUAUUUCCUGUCAAAAUUGAUUGGGCGACCCCUUCUCUCCUCUCUUGCACCAGAAAAAUUGAAAUUCUUUCAAAAUGAGGUGGCUAAAAGAAGAAAAAGUUUGUUGAACUACAUGCUUUUCCUGAGACUGACUCCCACCUUGCCUAAUACAUUUAUUAACUUUGCUUCACCAAUUGUUGAUGUUCCUUAUCAUAUUUUCUUCCUGGCAACUGUUAUUGGACUCGUACCUGCUGCAUAUGUCACUGUCAGGGCUGGGUUGGCUCUUGGAGAGCUGCAAUCAGUGGGGGAUCUCUACGAUUUCAACUCAAUUGCUACCUUGUUCUUCAUAGGUCUUGUCUCGGUUACACCCACGCUAAUUAGCAAGAACGAGUCAUAGCCAUUGACGAAGUGAAGAAGCUUGUGCUGCGAGCCCCUGGAUAUUCUGAUAAGCUAAUGCAAGUAGUUCAGUACUGUACAUAUUUGAUUCAUAAAAAGGGAAGGAAGUUGCAAUUGCAAUGAAGUUCUUUGCUAUAAGGAUUUUUAUUGUAAAGUACUGAGAUUGUUUUGAUGAUGGCUCUCAGUGUCAGUGUGGCAAGAAACAAGCGUUUGGCUGAAUUAGUUAUGGUACAUUGUUCAUAAGUUUGUUUAUGUGUAAAACAUACGAUUAUGGCUAGUUUUUAAUGUUACCCUGUUCGCAUUGUACAGUAAUUUGGAUAAAAUGCUCAUUUCCGAA